AUGCUGCGGCCCUGUCCGGUCCCUGGCGCCCCGCAGUGGCCGGAGCGGGCGGCCGGGUCCCGAGAAGCCGCGCCUGCUCCACCUGCGUCCUCCCCGCGCGGUGCUGAGGGCGCCGCGCAACCUCGGGUCCCGACUCCCGAAGUCCCGACCGAUCUGGGUACCUCACGGCUGGGGACGCCGGUGUUUGGCGCCGGGGCAGAGGGGCGGAGACCCGAGAGCUGGCCGACGCAGGUGCCGUCUACACAGGCGGAGGCGGCGCGGCGCUGCCCGCAGGGAGGGAGGAGACGCAGCGCUGCUCCCGGGGCUUCCCCGCUCCUGGGUGCUUCCCGCCCGCGGAGUUCUUGCGCUGGACCACCGGUACAGGGAGCCCCUGUUUCCACUCGGCUCCGCCUGCCCCAGUUCUGGGCCUGCGUUCCAGGGCACACACUGGAGAGCGAGCUUCCAGCGGACUCCGUAAGCGCUGCCUCCCGCCGCGGCGCGCGCCCGCAGAAUAGCAGAAGCGCCCGAGACCCCAGACGGGCCCAGCUCGGCACAGCCCGGAGUAGCCCCGCCCCACCACGCUUGGCCACGCCCCUCACUCCAGCUCCCUUUAAGGCUCCACCCUCCUCCCGGCACGUGAUGACGUGUUACGUAAGGAUGCCCUUCAGUAGCCAUCUUCGUAAGGUCAAAGCUCUUGCCUGUGGUCACAUUUCCACCACACAAAGAAGUGUCUCAACAGAUGAUGUCAAGUUCAACACUAUGUAG